AUGGUUUCUAAACUACCUUUGCUCAUCCAAAGCCUCUUGGUCAUGGUUGUUUUUAUCUCCUCCACCGGAGAAGCUAGGAAAUUGGUUGAGGUUGCUGGAAAGCAAAAUAAUAAGGACGGUGCUAGUUCAGAAUGUUUAAUACCCAGUAUUCUAUGCAUACCAAAAAUUCCAUUCCCAGACAUACCGAAAAUUUCAUUUCCAGAUAUACCACCAAUUCCAUGCAUACCAAUAUUUCCAGAUAUACCAUGGCCAUGCAUACCUCUAUUUCCACAUUCUGAAUCUCCUAGUUCGCCCCCUGAAUCACCAAGUUCACCUUCUGAAUCAUCCAACUCACCCACAGAAUCGCCCAAUUCGCCUCAUGAAUCACCAAGUUCACCUUCUGAUUCGCCUAGUUCGCCUCUUGAAUCACCAAGUUCACCUUCUGAUUCACUCAGUUCGCCUCCUGAAUCAUCAAAUUCACUUUUUGAAUCGCCUAAUUUUCCUUCUAAAUCACCCAUUUCAUCUCCACCUAGCUAG